AUACCUGCUACAGCACCACAUCGGGUACGCGUCUUUCUUUUCGACGCUAUAAUACCCAAUAGGUAUCUGUGCCAUUCUAACUCUCGUCAUUGAGUUGGUUCUAUUUUCUUACAGUCUUAUUCUUUCGUGGUUGUUUUAUUCGUAGUUCGUAUUAGUCUCAGCUAAUCGAACAGUAUGAGUGGAGCGUCCAAAAAAGAUAAAUCUAGUAUUGAGCAGCAGAUGGCUGCUCUGGACUUGCAGAAUACUAAUUCACAAAAACAAGGUUCAAAUGUUAAUAAAAACAAGAAAAAAAAUGAAAAAACACCAAAAGAGCAUUCUGAGGUGAAGAUAAAUAGCAAAGAACAAGGAAAAUUUGUAGAAUUGCCAGGGGGUUUGAUGGGAAAAGUAGUUGUAAGAUUUCCUCCUGAAGCAAGUGGAUAUUUACACAUUGGACAUGCAAAAGCUGCUCUUUUAAAUCAACAUUAUCAAUUGGCUUUUAAUGGUCGUCUUAUAAUGCGUUUUGAUGAUACAAAUCCAGCAAAAGAAAAAGAAGAUUUUGAAAAGGUUAUUUUAGAAGAUAUUGAGUUAUUGAAAAUUAAACCCGACAUUUUUACAUAUACAUCUGAUUAUUUUGAUAAAAUGUUGGAUAUAUGUGAGAAUAUCAUGUUGAAAAAAGGAUUAGCUUAUGUGGAUGAUACUGAAGCAGAUCAAAUGCGUUUAGAACGUGAACAAAGAGUGGAAUCGGUAAACCGAAACAAUUCAAUUGAAAAAAAUUUAGAAAUGUGGAAAGAAAUGGUGUUGGGUUCAGAAAUUGGACAAAAGUGUUGUGUUAGAGCUAAAAUUGAUAUGCAAUCUGCAAAUGGAUGCUUACGAGAUCCAACAAUAUAUCGUUGCAAACCUGAAUCUCAUCCUAGAACUUUAGAUAAGUAUAAAGUAUAUCCAACAUAUGAUUUUGCCUGUCCCAUUGUGGAUAGUUUGGAAGGUGUUACUCAUUGUUUGCGUACAACAGAAUAUGUUGACCGUGAUCAGCAGUUUUAUUGGUUUUGUGAUGUUUUGAAACUUGGAUCUCAAAAUAAUGAAACAAGACCUUAUAUAUGUUCAUAUUCAAGAUUAAACAUGACUAAUACAGUAUUAUCAAAAAGAAAACUUACUUGGUUUGUUGAGCAAGGACAUGUUGAUGGAUGGGAUGAUCCCCGUAUGCCUACAGUUCGUGGUGUUUUAAGAAGAGGAAUGCAAUUAGAAGCACUAAAACAAUUUAUUGUGGCUCAAGGUUCAUCUAGAACUGUUACAGCCAUGCAGUGGGAUAAAAUAUGGUCAUUAAAUCGAAGCAUUGUUGAUUCAAUAGCACCUAGACAUACAGCUUUAUUAGUAGCUAACACUAAUAAUGAUAAUUCAUUAAUAUCCAACCCACCAGUUGAAGUUGUGAUAGAAAAUGUGGACAAGGCAUACAAGUUAGAAAAUGUGCCUAAACAUCCUAAAAAUCCUGAAUUAGGAUUAAAGAAUUGUGUUUGGGGUGCACCUACAAUUCUUAUAGAUUAUAGCGAUGCUGAGCUAUUAGAAGUUGGGCGUCGAGCAACAUUCAUUAAUUGGGGGAAUAUUUUAAUAAAUCGUAUUGAAAGAAAUCUGAAAAGUAAUAAAAUAGAAAAAGUUUUUGGAAAAACUGAUUUAGAAAAUACAGAUUUCAAGUCUACAGUAAAAGUAACAUGGUUACCAAAUAUAAAUUCUUCAGAUGACACUUUACCUAUUCCGGUACCAGUUGUAUGUGUAUAUUUUGAUCAUUUGAUUAGUAAACCGGUACUUGCAAAAGAUGAUGAUUUCAAGAAUUAUUUAACUGAAAAAAGUCGUUGGGAAUUGCAAAUGAUAGGGGAUUCGGAAAUAAAAGAUUUACGUAAAGGAGAAGUAAUUCAAUUACAACGUAGAGGAUAUUUUAUAUGUGACUCACCUUAUCAACCAUACAGCGUUCAUACUGGGAAGGAUUCUCCUGCAGUAUUAUUUAAUAUACCGGAUGGUCACACAAAAUCAGCAAUGCCAACAAUCAUAACAGCUGUUCCUACACCAGACACAAAUAAUGCAAAGGAAGUCUCUAAUAGUAAUGUUGACAAAUUGAUUAGUCAAAUUAAUGAACAAGGGGAUAAAGUACGUGAAAUGAAAUCUAGUGGAGCGAGUAAGGCUGAUGUUGGAGAGCAAGUCAAAGUUCUAUUAGCGUUAAAAAGUGAAUACAAAUCUAUUACUGGUAAAGAUUAUCAACCACAAACUACUAGUAAAUCAUCAACUGCACCAGAAGUCUCAAAUAGUAACGUUGACAAUUUGAUUAGUCAAAUUAAUGAACAAGGGGAUAAAGUACGUGGAAUGAAAUCUAGUGGUGCAAGUAAGGCUGAUAUUGAAGAAGAAGUAAAAGUUCUAUUAGCGUUAAAAAGUGAAUUUAAAUCUGCUACUGGAAAAGAUUAUCAACCACCAACUGCUAGUAGAUCAGCAAAUGCACCAGACAAAAAAUCAGUAAAAAAAGAAAAAACUCCAGUUGCAACUAAAGCCACAAAGCCUCCAACUAAAUCACCUAGUAUUAAUGAGGGCACCAACACUAAAAAAGUUACUAAGUUAGGGCUUGAAGUACCAAAAUUGUCUGAAAAUCUUGGGGAAUGGUAUUCUCAAGUAUUAGUGAAAGGUGAAAUGAUUGAAUAUUAUGAUGUCAGUGGAUGUUAUGUACUCAGACCUUGGGCUUAUGGAAUAUGGGAAUUAAUACAGCAGUGGCUUGAUUCUCGUUUUAAAAGAUCACCUUUGAAUGUGCGCAACUGUUAUUUUCCAAUAUUUGUAUCCAAAGCAGCAUUAGAAAAAGAAAAAGAACAUAUUGCUGAUUUUGCACCAGAGGUAGCUUGGGUUACCAAGUCUGGUGACACUGAUUUAGCUGAAUUUAUUGCAAUAAGACCAACUAGUGAAACAGUAAUGUAUCCAGCUUUUGCUAAAUGGAUUCAGUCUUAUCGAGACUUGCCUUUGAAACUUAAUCAGUGGAAUAAUGUUGUGCGAUGGGAAUUUAAACAUCCUCAACCUUUUUUAAGAACUAGAGAAUUUUUAUGGCAAGAAGGUCAUCAUGCUUAUGCAACUUUAGAAGAAGCAGUAAAAGAUGUACUUAUAACAUUGAAUUAUUAUGAGUAUGUAUAUAAGAAUAUGCUUGCGGUACCAGUCAUUAAAGGUAAAAAAACAGAGAAGGAAAAGUUUGCCGGAGGAGUUUUUACUACAACGUGUGAAGCAUAUAUAGCAUCUAGUGGCCGAGCUAUUCAAGGCGCUACUUCACAUUAUUUGGGUACCAAUUUUGCUCGUAUGUUUGAUGUUCAUUAUGAACAUCCAGAUACACAUGAGCAAUUAUUUGUUCAUCAGAUUUCAUAUGGAAUGACAACAAGAACUAUAGGUGUUAUGGUUAUGGUUCAUGGUGAUGACCGUGGACUUAUCUUACCACCACGGGUAGCAACUAUACAGGUAAUCAUAGUUCCUUGUGGUGUCGGUGCUAGUACGCCAGAAGAGGUUAAACAAAAAUUAACUAGAACCUGUAUAAAUGUGCGCAACUGUUUAAGAGGAGAAGAUAUUAAUGAUAUUAUAGAAGAUGAUAAUAGUGUUUUUCAAAAGAAUAUCUCUCCAAUAGUUAUCAGAGCAGAUACAGACUUGCGUGAAAAUUAUUCACCCGGUUGGAAAUUCAACCACUGGGAAUUGAAGGGAGUUCCAUUGAGACUGGAGCUUGGACCCAAAGAUUUGGACCGUGGACAAAUAACAGCAGUACGACGAGACAAUGGUGAAAAACUCAUUAUCCCAUUAGAUAAAUCAGAUGAAAGUAGAAACGACAUGCUAGUUCAAAGAAUCACUGAUUUAUUGAAUCAAAUACAACAAGAUAUGUUAGUCAAAGCAGAAAAGGAACUGAAAGAAAAUGUCAUAAUAUGCCGUAAAUGGUCUGAAUGUUUUGUUCAUUUGGCAGCCAAAAAAUUAUUAUUAAUACCAUUUUGUGGGCGGCCUACUUGCGAAGAUAAUAUUAAACGAGAUACUGCUAAGGAUGAUGGUACAGCGGAAGUUGGAGCUUCAGUGAUGGGAGCUAAGUCAUUGUGUAUACCAUUUGAACAACCUACAGGAGAUGAAAAACUGAAACUUGAUGAUAAAUGUAUACAUCCAGAAUGUGGACAACUGGCUAAUGCUUUUACAUUAUUUGGCCGAAGUUAUUGAAUUUAUAUACUUUAUAAUAAUUUAUAAUGUUGUAUUUUCAAACUUAUGAAUAA